UGACAUUUGAUUUUUUUAGUUGCUUUUUGACGUUUUGACGUCCAAUAGUCCAAGACCCAAGAUUUUCUCGAUGCAAUGAGUAAUAGGUUGUAAUAUUGCAUCUAAUUCGCUAUGAAAUCGUCAAAAUAUAGCACGGGAAAGCAAUAGUUUACAAACAUUUUGUGAUGCUCCAAAUUGUUUAAAAAGUGACUCAAAUAAAUGAAUUCGCAUAAAUCAGCCUUUGAAUAACAUGACUGAAUCACCAGAAAGGGAGCAGACCGGCAAUUCCCUAAAAAUGUCAUUGCCCACAGUACUGUGUACUCCCGAGGCUUCCGAGGAAAAAUCCGAUAUAUCUUUGAAGUCAAAUUCUAUGAUUUCCUCGGAUUCUAAGAUGUCACUUCCAUCCCAUUUGGGCACUCCUACGUCACCUUUAAGAUUAUCCUCUCCUUUGUCGUUGCCUACGUCGCCACGCGUGAAGAAUUCCUCUCAGUCGUCAACGAACUCGUUGCUUAACCCGAACCCGAAGCCUGUUACGUCAAAUGCUGCAACGAACAACUCCUUGGUGAACAGCGGCUCGGCUACCGGCAACCCCCGUAACAAAUGCGCUCUGCAGCCUGGCCACAGUUUGAUGGACUGGAUCCGACUCGGCAACUCGGGGAAAGACCUAACUGGAGUCGGCGGCAGAAUACGGCCUGUCUCACCUGCUGAAUUAUCUACACACAAUACUCUCAACGACGCGUGGCUGGCUAUCCGCGGGCGUGUCUACAACAUCACGCACUAUCUACCCUACCAUCCCGGAGGACCCGAGGAAUUAAUGAGAGGUGCCGGCAUGGACGCCACACAGCUUUUCGACAAAGUCCAUCCGUGGGUCAACUACGACUCACUUCUCGCGAAAUGUCUCGUUGGACCACUCCGAUUCGAUCUCCCCGACGCAGAGGAACUGUUUGAUACGUCAAACCCAUCGCCUAAAUCCGACCGUCUCAGAGAACCGUCUAAAGCACAAGAAUUAGUUAGGAAGUCAAUGGAGAACUUAGCAAAUUGCAUCACACCAGUCCGAAAGAAAAUUACCAAGGGUGAUGAUAAUGCUAAAGGCAGUCCACCCAGUAAGAUUAUGCAGAGUUUAGUGCAGUCCGCUGAUUUACCUAUGUCAAUAAGUCGAAGAGCCGCUUCGAGCCCUGUGAAGGUAACAGAGAAAAGCCCAGAUUCACCUUUACCUCUCCGGUACGACUGGAUACAGACAUCAACAAAACUAACAAUAUCCGUGUACACGGGACACCUGGCAAACCCGGGUGGAUGUGCCCGGAUUACAGAAGGAUUUCUGUUGAUUGAAGUAGCGACCAACGGCUGGUUGAGGACACUCAAAAUAAAGCCCGAGGCUAAAUUAAAAGAACCUUUACAGCUACGCGUGUUCGCUGAAAGUGGUAAGAUAGAGAUCACGGCACUCAAAGUGGAGCCGAGUGUUUGGAAGGGUUGCGGGGAGGUGUCGGUGGGGGCGGCCAACCGCGUGUCGUCGCCGCGCUCCGUGGAGUGCCGCGUCAUGGAGGUGAGCAGGGUGUCUCAUGACACCUCGCUGCUGUCGCUGUGUCCGAGGGCUGGACCAGUCGUCGUGCCCAUAGGACACCAUGUACGAGUGCACAGGAGAGAUAAUGGUUCAGAGUGCAGCCGUUCGUACACGCCCGUGGGUGAGGGUUGGGGCCCUGCAGACGGCACCGAGGCCUUCUCAGUGCUCCGACUGGCGAUAAAACGUUACGACAGUGGCGCCCUCUCGCCGCACCUCACCGCACUCAAAGCCGGAGAUCUCAUUACCCUCUCCGGAUCUUACGGGAACUUUCAAUUGCAAAAGCUGAAGACAGUCAAGUGUUUGUACUUGAUAGCUGCGGGUACCGGGGUCACGCCUAUGUUGGGCCUGAUCAGGUUUAUGAUGUCAAGAUCUAAUCCGAGAUGUGAAAGGACGCACUUAAUAUUCUUCAAUAAAACUGAAGCGGACAUUCUGUUUCAAGAGAAUUUCGAAGAAAUGGCAAAAGAAGACGACAGGCUAAAGGUGACGCAUGUUUUGUCAGACGCAAGCUCAUCAUGGACGGGUCUCAAAGGCCGCAUCAGGGACGAGGUACUUACAGAAACGCUUGGCGCCAUAAAGUGUGACGACAAAUGUACGCAUUUCGCUUGUCUAUGCGGUCCCACGGAGUUCACGUAUGCAGGGCUCGAGUUGUUGAAGAAACACGGAUUCAAAGAUGAGUGCAUUCAUGCUUUUAUGGGAUAAAUUACGUUGAGAUUGCCAUAAAAAAAAUUCAGAAGUAUGUUAAAAUCUCGUAAAGUUACUGCAGAAAGUGCAAUUGGAUUACCAAUUUAAAUAUAUUGUGAGUUCGUAUUCGGUCAAUAAAUACUGUUGUGAUAAAAAGACAGCGACAGGUUGAAAUCUUAAAGUAGAACACUAAAUGACUAAAUACCUACUUGACGCCAGAAUAAGGCGUAGUGACUUGACCUUUCUGAGACCUGAAAUUACGCCGUUCUCUUUGUACGAAUGGCUGCCACCUACUUACCUAUUUAACGCAAUUUACUUGUCGACUACAUGACCCUGACAAGGCGUGACAAAAACUUUAAGUAAAUACAACAAAAAAUAGAGAAAGGAUUAUAAAAUGCAUAAGGAAGUUAUUUACAGUUGUUUUUCAAAAAUUGUACUGUUUUGUCAUGGCUAUGGAUAAAAUAGAAUUCUAGUAAGGACAUUAUUUUGAAGUCUCGAGUCUUAGUCUUACAGGAAUUUUAGCACUAACAAUAGACUAAUCCACAAAGAAUCUUCACAAAUACGAUAAAAAAUCCACCACUUGUAAACAAAAUCAGCUCAUAAAUAAUUAGAAAAAUAUCAAAUCUUAUAGAAAUAUAUUUUAUUUGUAAAAAUAUAACUGCCCAAUAAAAGAGCAAUUUGUAAAAAGUUUAUGGACUGUAUUAACUAUGGUAGCCUAUAAAUUGUAAGUUUUUUUUUUAUUAUUUUUAACAUUUAGUCAAUGAGUGAGAAUCUAUAAGUAGCCGUAAAUUCUAAUACACCGUAGAAACUGUGAAACAAGUUUCGGCCAAAUUUUCGCACUUAAUUACGAUAAAACUAAUUAUGAUAUAAUAAUAAUGAUGAUAUAACUUUUGAGAACAAAUUAAACGUGUAUAGUUAAAACCAAUGUGUGAUAAAUUAGCUUUUUUAGGUACGUCGAACUUUAUUUUAGUACUUUGUGAUUAGAAUAAUAUGUGAUUGAGUAGAUUAGCUCAAUGUACAGAAAGACAAAUUAAUAGUCUUAAUAAUUAUUGUAUGAAGUAAAUCCUGUUCGUAUUUAUUGUACCAAUUCCAUCCAUUAUGUAUAAAUUAUUAUCUUCAAGUUCAGUUUACAUAAUAAGUAUGUAUUUUUUUUUUAUUAUUAAUACAGUAUAUGAUUUAUAUUUUUUAUUAGCUCAACAUGCGGCAUAGUCGCAAUUCAAACACCAAAGACCAAAUUAUUAUAUUUUAAGUAUUUUUCAAAACAGUCAAAAACCUUGUGAAUUCUUAUUGUUCUUCAAAACCAAAUUUUCACUUCAGAGUAACUUUUCAUGGCCAUUGAUUUUUUUUUAUAGAUAGAGGAAUUUCGCAAUAGGAUCUCAGCAGACAUGUUUUUCUGUUUUAAGAAAUUUUGUUUAUCUACAUAGAUCUGGUCAAGUCAGCCUGAAGUUUUUACACUGGAUGAUUACAAUUAAUAAAUAGCUGUAUGUAAAGCGAUUGUAAUUGAAACGGGAAUUCUUUAUUCUAUAUAUCUAAGAGGUAAUUAGAGUCCACAUCUCAAAAAUGAAUCUUUUACAACAAACAUUAUCUUCAUCUAUUUUUCCAAAGAAUGUACAUAACAAUAUUUCGGAUAUCAUGGUAAUAUAAUUACAACAUAUCAGUACUUACAUUUUGUAACGAUACACCAUUUUUGUAUAUUUAUUUGUAACAGAAUAGUAUUUUCAGUAAUAAACGGGUAACCAUUGAAGUUUGCGUAAUAGUAUAAUAUUAAAACUUUGUAUAGAACUAGUGUGUGUUAAUAUUUAACAAAUUAUAUAACUAUUUUAUCAUUUUGUAAUCUGUAUAAAUCUUUUCAUUUAUGCUUUUACUUCUGUAAGUAAAAUUUGUGAAUGUUAAAAAGUGCCUACAUUCCAUGGUGUUUGGUUUUGGGUGUGUUGUUGAUUUAUGGGUUUCUAAUAAAUUAUUUAAAGAACA